CCUUAGGUGUUCGUGGGUAACUAUCGACCGUGUAGUAACGAAGAGUCUUAAACGUAAUGUAAUUUCACUUGUCGAUGUUAUUCUAGUCAGUCUCGUAGUUCAGUAUUGAGUACAUCCAUAAGCGCUCAGUGUUGCCCUCGGAAAAACUCACCGAAGAGCACUGUGUUGCACAACCGUAUGUUUCUUGCAGUGUAGAAGAGGCAGCCAGAUACGUCCCCUUCUGCAUGGCCGUGCCAAUGCCGAGCUUCUUUCCAACUAAUAUGUGGCAGAGAAAUUCAACCCGCCGUGCACGGCCGUGGCAGCGCCGAACUGGACUAGUGCAUGACUUCAUCAACGAAUUUUUGCCCCUUCAGCACGGCCGUGACCACUCCGACGUGUGGACUUUUCGCGGUGGCAGAGAAAUACGAGGGCGAAUGCACGACCGUGGUGAGGCUCUUCUAAAUCCCUGCCCUCUCAGGGUUGGGACUUCACACAGUGGUAUGCAUGGCCGUGCAGGCCACUUGUUUCUUCAUGGAUCCUCCAAUAAAUCUAACUUUCGUCGUCGGCCAUAUAAGAUUUGCACUUGUCUGUUAAUGUCGACGUGGCAGUGGCGUUUCUCGUUUGUUGUUUUCAUUGACAGGUAUGUUGCUCUCCUAUGAAAGUUAUUCGAUAUGUGAGAAAAAAAUUUUAUCGAUUUUGUAGGACCGUGGUUAACUGCUUGGGAUGGCACCUGCAAAAAAACCCAGCCGUACUGCGAAGAAGGGCACUGUGGCGAGCGCGCGAGCAACGCCCUCUGCUGAAGAUACGACUCUGCUCCCUUUUCAAAAUCCGGAUCAAGCUAUGAAGUUCGAACACCUUGAAGAUGUGUCCUUUCUUGUGGGCCGCUACAUCUCCGAUGAAGCUAUAACAGCAUUGAACGCCACGGCCGAGGUUGAGGGAUACCUUAGCGUGGGUACGUGGCGCCGAAACUUUUCAAUAACGGACGACACGCAUCGGACUUUAACGUUGGAGCUUCUUGCUACUUUAGAGGUGGACAAGAAGCAUUUACAUGAGGUCGACUACCCGGGUACGCUCCAAUUCAGGUUGGGGAAUAGGUUCUUCCGCCUCUCUUGCACGGAGUUCUCUACGGCCAUGGGUUUGUACGACGAGGACUUUACAAAGACCAACGAGUACCGGUCGCUGACGCAAGAAUUGCAAGCGACACAACAAAUGUACUGGCAAUCAGUGACGAACCAACGCAUAUACCACCCAGGUCAGUCGAAGGCUUCAGCUCUCUGGUCCCCGGCAUUGCGGUACCUGCACUACGUACUGGCGCACACGCUCACGGACCGCAACUCAAGCAUGAGUGUGGUCACUUCCGACGAUCUCAAAUAUAUUUGGAGUAUGGAGAGGAGGGUCCCUAUUCACGUUGGGUAUUGCCUUGCGCGACUGUUCGCAAGGCAAGCGUCGGAUGGUAGGAUUCGUACCAUCGCCGUUGGACCUUAUGUGACCCGACUUGCCCACGGCCUACACGUUACGACCUUUUUCAGAGAAAGCCCGGCGUCGACGAUGAGGCCUGCCGGAGUCGAUGUGCUUAUUCAAAUAGGCCUUGUCUGGAGGAGGAUGCGCGGUGACAACUCUCUGGAAAUUAAGGCCCCAACGGAUAAUGCGGCGGACGAGGGCACAUCUGUGACAACUAUCUGACGCAUCGGCGCGAUGGAGGAUCGGGUGUUUCGUAUGGAGGCGCGGAUUGACGAGAGGUUGCGCGUCAUUAAGGAGAGAGUGGAGGCACUUUGCACUCACUUUGGUGUGCCGGCUCGUCGCACACCGUCAUCCCGCUGACGGAGGCAUUUACGUAGGUCCCCCUUCCACCGGUACCGGUUGAAGCCUUUUACCGUUGGCAGGUUUGUCCAUCGCAGCACUUUUUAUUCGUGGACGGUACUUUGCAAUUGAACCUCUGAUCCACUAUUUACUCCCACCCCCGAACGACUACUCGAUCUCAUAUUACAACUACGUUUUCCAUUAUGUCGUUAUGUGUCUAACUCCUUUUGCCGUGUUGCUACUGGUGUUCCCAUCCCGUUUCCGGAAUCUUUCAUCCAAUUAUAGUACUUACGCGUAAUAGUUAUAAUAGUUAUCUACAACGCUGCAAAUGUUCUUUUUUUCAUGCCUUAAAUACCUGUUAUUCUGCAUUUUACAAAGGAUUCUUCACGCAAAUAGACUUCAUUAUAUAUUUUCUGUCCUUUUUAAAAAAGCCCAACCAUCUUGCACCACUAUACCUGCAAAAUUAACAUCACCUCCAUUUAAUUUUCGAAUUGACUAGGUGUGCAACCCACAAGCGCAUACCACGGAAUUCAUCCCCCAUCCACCCUCUUGACCUCCCUACGUUUGCAGGUUGUCCCUACAUUAUGAAAAGAGUUGGCAUAAAUAAUUAAUACGAUCGUAUCUACGAAUCUUAUCCUCUAUAGGCCUUGCUCCCUGCACGUAUGACCAAGCAUUUAUUCUUGUGACCCAUGUGGAGUAUUAAUACUCCAUACAGUAACAUUCGUGCUUCGAAACCUUUAUCCUUCUAGUUAUUGAAAGUAGAGAUAUGCUUCCUUCUUAUGCAGGGACUCCCAGGGUGUCAUGUACUCCACCGGCGCGGUGGACUUAUCAACUUGAAAAACAAUUCGUACACAUUGUAUGGGUACAGUGGCUUGCUGGAGGCUUCGAUGGGCCUCACAUCCGCGUCCAGCUUUGGGACGAGGUACAUAACCAAUUCAAUCAUGAAACCGGUUACGCAUUUGAGCUAGGGCAGCUAAAAGAGAAGCUGAAGCGGAUUUGGUCCUCGUACUUUCUCUUAUGUGACCUAGUUGUUCGGGAGACAUGCCUUCGUUGGGACACGACAAUGGGACUCGUCAAUGCAACCAUCGAGGAGUAAGCCGCAUGGCUAGCGGCAUACCCCAGAUACAACCAUCUACUUAAACGGCCGUUCCCCCACUUCGACUUAUGCCAUGAUAUGUGGGGAUGUGCUACCGGAUCUCGCUGACAAAUAAGUGUUGAAAUCCUUUGCUCGGAGACGGCGUUCACUCCGUGCAUUCGUACCGUUGGUCUUUCGCCACCCAUGUGCUGUUCCGUUGUUGUCCUUUUUCGUUUUUAUGUACCAUGAUUUAAGCAUUUCGAAGUAAUGUGCCUUGUUUCAAGUCUUGUACCGGUGCUCGUAGUAGCUUCGGGGAGUUUCAGUUUGGAGUUAGGUGGAAUGACGGCGGCUUUCGUUCCGCCCUUGCAUAUGUCAU